AUGGUAUUAUUGCUAAGAUGGAAACAAUGCGCUAAGGUGAAGAAUUGUCCUGUCGAUCAGAACACGGUGUGUAAUCAAGCUAAGCCGAUUUUUGAGAGGUCCAAAGAAGAAGCUGGGGAGGCGGGCAAGGACGAAAAUUUUGUAGCUGGUGACGGUUGGAUCAACCGAUUUAAAACUCGCUGUAAUUGGCACAGCAUCGCGGAGGGUGCAGAGACAGCAAUUGCCGAUAAAGAAGCUGCGUCUCCUUUUCCUGAGACACUAAUGGCCAUGAUAGAAGAAGAUCACUGUAGCAGUGAAAGAGCACUGAACGUGGAUAAGAGUGGCCUGUUCUGGAAGAAGAUGCCUAAAACCACUUUUAUCGCACGUGUAGAGAAAAUCUUCCAGGGUUUAAGGUUCCUAAAGACGUAUUGA